AUGCAGAAAUGUAAAGAUUUGAGAGAGAUUGGGAGAUGGGUGCUCUCAUAUGAGAAGGUCUUUUAUUUUUUUUCCUUUCCUCUUAUCAUUUGUAUUUAUUAUUCCGAGCUUUUUUUUACUUCUUCAAAGUCAUUCCAAACAGUUUUUCAUUCUUGUUCUCUUUCUAAUAUUUUUAUUACCAAAUUUUUUCUUUCUUUGAAAUGUUUUCUGUUGUUUCUGCUUCUAUUCUUUAUACUGUAUCCUUUGAAAAAUUUUUGCUUUUCUUUUUUUCUUCCUUAUUAUUUGUUAACUAAAUUUGUUACUUCCUUUUCCUCUUUUUCUUUCUUUCUUUCCUCUUUCUCUCCUUUUCUGCUUCUUCUCCCUCUUUCCUUUAUCUCCUCCUUCUCUUGCUUUCCUCCAACUUUCUUAACAUUUCCUUCUUUUUGCCUUUCAUUUUUUACAAACCACUGUUCCAUUUUACUCUCUCUUCCCAUCUCUUUUUUCUUUAUCUCACAUUUUUUUUUACUUAAAUCCACCCUUGCUUCCAUUUACACUUUUUUCUCUUUCUCUUUAAUCAAAAACUCCCACCCCCUCUCCAUCCAUUCCUAA